GCGAUAGCGACACUUUUUCGAGCCGUUAAAUUCAUCUUCUCAGUCUAUUUUCCAACGGUAUUCCUUGCACACUCGCCGCGUGUCAGAGCUUGUGCCCCGCGCUGUCACUUUCACCGCCUAUACCACUCCCAUGAUGCAGCCCUCGCUCUCUCCAAUGACCCGGUAGCGUAUCACAUCGCUGCAAUUUUAUCACCACAACACCACUUUCCCUUUCUGAUGGUCGGACACCUUCGCACCUGCUCCUGACCUAUUCAACUUGUCCCGCAUCGAGACGGCGCAAGAAAUGGAGGCCCAGGUCGAAAAUGCCAUCCAAAUCGCCUCGAACCCUACCUCGAGCCAGCAACUGCGCGGCCAGGCUAUCGACUACCUAAACCAACUACGUGCACAGGGCUCCGCAUGGCAAGCGUGCCUCACACUCUUUACCCGCGACCCGCGACCUUCUGAUAUCAUCCGCCACACGUCCCUCGAUCUCGUCAACAAUGCCGUCCAAGAACACCGGCUGGACGAGCAAAGCCUCGCGUACAUCAAAGACACGCUCAUGAGUCAUAUCCGCCAGUCGUACGCGCCAGGCAGCACUACUACAGAUACCGGGCACAUACAAAACAAGCUCAUGCAGACCAUCACAUAUCUCUUUGUCGCAUUGUAUCCCACACAAUGGCCGUCUUUCUUCGACGAGUUCCGCGCCUUAGCCGGUGACCAGACGACCAUCGGCAACGUCAACACGACCACUACAAUCUUGUACCUUCGCAUGCUUGGACAGGUUCAUGAUGAGAUUGCCGAUCAGCUGGUUACUAGGCCGGAGGACGAGAAGAAACGCAAUACCGAGCUCAAGGAUGUGAUUCGACAACAAGAUGCGCAGAAGAUUUCGUUAUCCUGGCAAGAAAUCCUCGCAAAAUGGAGGGAGUCGGAUCUGGGAAUGGUAGAGAUGUGUCUGAGGACGAUUGGGCGGUGGGUUAGCUGGACCGAUAUCAAUCUCAUCGUGAACCAGGCGAUGAUCGGUACCUUCCUUGAGAUGGCUGGUCAGCAAGGCAUUUCUGACCCCGAGAGCCCGGCCGGGAAGGUUCGCGACGCAGCAAUCGAUACAUUUUCGGAGAUUGUGGGCAAGAAGAUGAGCCCUGGAGACAAGAUUGAGUUGAUUUUAUUCCUGAAUCUGGCGGAUGUGGUUGGCCAGCUCAUCACCAGCCCAGCGCUUGCCGAGUUCCACAGUCCAAACUACGACAACGACCUCGCGGAGACAGUAGCGAAGCUCGUGAACAACAUCGUUUUUGACAUUGUCAAGAUUCUGGAAAGCGACUCGGUUGACGAGCAAACUCGGCAGCGAGCCGACGACCUCAUUCGGGUCUUCACUCCGUAUUUGCUGCGUUUCUUCGCCGACCAGUACGAUGAAGUCUGCUCGACUGUCAUUCCAUCGCUCACCGACCUCCUCACGUUUCUACGAAAACUGCAAAAGAGAUCUGGAGCCGUACCGCCUCAAUAUUCCGCCGUGCUACCGCCUGUAUUGGACGCGAUAAUCGCAAAGAUGAAGUACGACGACACAGCAUCCUGGGGUGAUGAGGGUGAACAAACAGACGAGGCUGAAUUCCAAGACCUCCGAAGACGUCUACAUGUCUUACAGCAAACUGUGACGACUAUCGACGAGGCAUACUACAUCGAGACACUUAGCCGCGUUGUGAAUGGUACCUUUAGUCGCUUGGCUCAGGGCGAUCAGACACUAAACUGGCGCGAUCUCGAAUUGGCUCUCCAUGAAAUGUUUCUGUUUGGGGAGCUGGCAGUUAGAAAUCAAGGUCUAUUCGCAAAACGCGAACCUUCUUCAGUCGCUGCUCAGCAGCUUGUGGGUAUGAUGAACAACAUGAUUGAUUCCGGUCUAGCUAGUUACCCACAUCCUGCCGUUCAGCUUCAGUACAUGGAGAUUUGCGUCCGUUACUACCAAUUCUUUGAGCAGAACCCUCACUUGAUUCCCAAAGUACUCGAGAACUUUGUACAACUUACACACAGCAACCAUGUCAAGGUUCGCAUACGGUCUUGGUACCUCUUCCAGCGCCUGGUGAAGCACCUACGAGCUCAACUAGGAAACGUGUCGUACAACAUAAUCCAAGCAGUUGGCGAUUUGCUUACAAUCAAAGCCGAGUUGCCAGACGCUUCUGAAGAUGACAUGUCUUCAGAUGAAGAGGACAAGUCUGCCGAUGCUCUAUUUAACUCGCAACUCUACCUCUUCGAGGCCGUUGGGUGUAUUGCUUCAUCUAGCACAGUUUCGCCAGAGAACAAGAAGCUGUAUGCACAAACUAUCAUGAGCCCUCUGUUUGCCGACAUGGAACAAACACUGCCUCAGGCUAGGAAUGGUGAUGAGCGAGCUACGCUCCAAAUCCAUCACAUCAUCAUGGCAGUUGGAACCCUAGCUCGAGGUUAUUCAGACUGGGUUCCGUCAAACAACAACAGCUCAGUGCCCCAGAGUGAAGUGGCGGACGAGUUCAUCAAAGCAUCCGAAGCCAUACUCGUCUCCCUCGAGUCUCUGAAAUCUUCGGGCAUCAUUCGUCAUGCAGCACGCUUUGCUUUCUCGCGUAUGAUAGCUGUUUUAGGACCACGAUUGCUACAACAGCUGCCAUCAUGGAUUGAAGGACUACUCUCACUGAGUUCGUCCAUGGACGAGAUCAGCACGUUCCUCAAAGUUCUCGGACAAAUCAUCUUCACCUUCAAAGCAGAAAUUGCGAGCAUUCUAGACACAGUCAUGACGCCUGUUUUGCAACGCAUCUUCACUGCAUUGGCGGUAACACCUUCGGGCACAGACGACGAGAUCCAGCUGACUGAACUCCGGCGCGAGUACUUGAACUUCAUCACCCUCGUUCUCCAGUAUGGUCUUGGGUCUGUGCUCGUCAGUAAUGCAAACCAAGCAACGUUCGAUCCAGUCAUCUCGUCAAUCGAGUCUUUCGCUCGUGACACAAACGACUACACCACCGCGCGCCUUGCCCUCGCUGUACUCAUUCGCAUGAUAUCCGUAUGGAGCGGUCCCGACAAAAUUGGACCGGGCGCAAACACAACACCCACUUCCCCCGUGGCAACUCAAGCGCCGCUGCCCGGUUUCGACAACUACGUAGUUGAGCGCUUCUCCCCACUCGUCUGGUCAGUUCCUGCUUCUGCCGGCUUCAACUCAAAGGACGCACAAGCAAAACAGGUUCUGCACGAAUUGGCAAACCUCCAAACCGAGAUCAUCAAGAAGGUUGGCGAACCAUAUGCAGAACACCUGAAGAACGACCUUGGCGGUAUGGGCAUGGGUGCCGAUGGCGUGGAUCAAUACUUGCGCACCCUAGCUGGCGCAUUCGAAGGAGUCAAGAAAGAGAAGGAGUGGAGGAGCUUCUUCGCCCAAUUCGUCGAGCGCAUGCUCGCUGCUAGAACAUAGAUGGAUGGGUGGGCAUGAGCAAAAAAGGCUUCGAUUUUCCUUUUGCUCGAUAUGGGCAAGAUGUCUUUUCUUUCUACCCGGUGGGGGUGGUAUAAUUUGCAUCGUGGCGGGCGUGCAAAGGUCAUGUUUUUUGAGAUAAUCCACCCCCUCCUAUUCUUCAUACUUCGCUUGAGGUUUCCUCAUAUAGCUGGAAUGCCAAAAUAACAUGAUUCGCGUUGUACU